AUGACUCAACACCAUAGCACAUCGCAUCGAUCGGUCUGCCUCAGGCGCAGAAUCACGCGUACAAAAUGUAAUAAUAAUCGUCCAUCCCGCAGGCUUAUCUGUAAACGACUGGAGGCGAAAAGGUUUUCGCUGGGGGCGAAAGCUCGAGGCUCCGCCCCGGGGAGUGCCAUUGGCCCACAAGAGGCAUUUGGGAGCAGGGCGCCUCCCCAUUGGCUCCCGCUGCCCUCUGCGCGACUGUUGCGGACAAUAUUAUGA